AUGAAUCCAGAAUGGCAAUAAAUGUUGAUAGAAGAUUUGAAUGCUAAAUUACUCUAACGUGCUGAAUUGAUAGGACAUUAUGAAGAACUUGAAGAAUUACUUAAGUUCCAUAAAACAAAUAGUACUUUCGAAUAUAGUUUGGCUAUUAAACUUGAAUAAUUGGAUUAAGUAAUUCAAAAUAAUGUUUCUUCAGAUUAAAAGAUUAAGACUUUAAUUAAAGAAAGAGAAUCAUUAUAUUAAGAAUUAAACAAAAGAAUAGAAGAGUAAACUUUACUAGUUUUUGAAUAAUAUAUGACUAAUUGGAGUAAUUGUGUCAAUUAAAUUAAGUUAGUGAUUUUAAAGGGUUUAGAGUAAUUCAUGGAGAAGAGAAAUAUUAACAAUUAUUACUUGAAUAGUAAUAGUAGAUAUAAGGAAUGAUAUACACAUAGUACAAAAAAAAGAUAUAAGGGAUUAUAUAAAUUUAUCAAUAAUUCAACUAAAUAGACAAAGCUAUACAAUACAAUAUUUAAUAUGUGGAUAAUGAUUUGUCUAAUUAAUUAAAUUAAUAAUAAUAAUAAUAAUAAUAAUAAAAUAAGACAAAUCAAUCUAUACUAUAAAAGAAAGAUGAUACUCUCCAAUUAUCAUAUAUGUAAUCUUAUUUAUUAUUUUAAAAGAAUCCAAUAAACAGAUCUCUCAAAAUAAAUAAUUUAUUUAUCAUAAGAUGACUCAUUAAUCUAACACAUGGACGAAUUCAAUAAUAUUAUUACUAAAUCUUCUUAUCCAAUCAAAUUACAAACUAUUUCUGAAGAAUAAUUGUUAAACAAAAAUCAUUCUAUCAGAUAACAUUAACAUAGCAAAACUAUAUUUAGCAAUAAACAUUCAACUGCUUAAAUCAGUCCUUAGAUGUCAAAGUCUUACUUUUUUAAAGAUACUCCUUUAAAGAAAUCUUUAACAAAAGGGACUUUGUUACUCAAAAAAUUCUCUAAUAAACCAUCAAAAAGGGAAUUUGAUGUAUUUCAACAUUAAAAUCCUACUUAAUUAGGUUAUGGUCUAAGGAUGGCAUAAUUAGCUUAAGAUAGAAUAGAAUUUAGAAAUUAAUUGAAACCAUAGAUAAUUGACUCUUCAUUACUACUUUCUCAAAUUUUAAGAGUUAUAAUUCCAAAAUAAAUACAGGGAUAUCUAAAGAAAAAGCCCAGUAAAAUAUAAGAGAAAGAAAACAAUGUUCCAAGCCUCUCUUAUUGGCCUUUGCAAAUUCUCACUUUAAAUCAAGGGUCAAUAGAUUUGUUGUUCCAUUCUUAAGAUCAUAUGAUGGAUUGGUAUAAUGGUUUAGUGAACAUAAAACAUAUUAAUUAAUGAAAUAUUUCAAAUUUUUUACCCUUGUUUCAAUUACAUUAGGUUCAUCUAUUCAAAAGCAUAUUCAUCAUCUUCGUUCAGAUUCAGGAGAUUUAGAAACUAAUUUGGUUUAUGUUGGUAUGAUAUGCAUAACAAUCUCUAUUAUCUUAUUGUAGUUCAAUGAAAGAAAAGCAGCUAUAAAUUCAUAUAGACUUUAAUAUGCAAGAUAGAAUUGUAUAUCUCUUACACCUUUUUAAGAAUCAAAUCCUUAAGAUUUAAUUCACAUCACUGGUUAAUUGAUGACUGAUGAAUUAGUUACUGAUAAGGAAUUUGGUGUUUCAUAAAUAAAUUGUGUAAAAUUGUAUAGAAAUGUGGAAAUGUAUUAAUGGGUUAUAGAGGAUAAAUAAAAAGAGUAAUAAUGGGUAGAUCAUUAUGUUGAAAACAUUUUUGGAUAUAAUAAUGACAAAUCAAAAUGGAUUAUAAAUUCAGAAACAUUUUUAAAUACAAGUGUUAAAUUACAUUAAUUUGAAUUGCCAGAAGAUAUGAAAAACAAAUUAGACACUCCUUUAGAAACUGUUAAGUUGAAUUAAGCAAAUGUUCAAAUAUUGUAAUAGAGAUACAAAGAUAGAGGAUUUAGUAGAUUGUAUAUAUUUAAUAAAUUUAUUAAGUUUACUAUAAAAUGAUUAUAUAUAUAUGCAUUAGGUUGAAGAUCAAAUUAUAAAUGGAGAUUUGAGAAUAUGUUUCAAAUAAGUAAUUUGUAGUGAUGCCACAAUAGUUGCUAAAGGAAUCAUGAAUUCUCUAUUAAUUUGGUAAUUUGAAGAUUCAUAUAAUUAAACUAUAUCUAGAGAUAAUAAAGGUGAAGAGAAAAGUUGUUGUUAUAUUUAACUUCAUAAUGAUAGUAAACCAAUUAAAGAAAUUUAUUUGAUUUUUUAAGGUCUUUUAACUCCUGAAGAAUGUCUAUAAAAAAUUGUUAAUGAAAAUGCAUUAUAUUAUUGGGUCUAUAGAAGUAUUGGAUAUAUUUUGAUAGUAUAAAUAAAAAUGGAAUAAUAUAGGCUGUCGGAUCGAUAAUUUUAUUAUCUCCAGCAUCAUAAUUACCAUAAUUGAUUCCAACAAAUCAAUUGAGUGGAUUUGGUUUUAUUAUUUAUGGUUUUCUUUGUGCAAUACCAAUUACUAUAUUUUCUAUUUGUUUUUGUUGGCUCUACUAUCGUCCUAAAAUUGGAUUAUUAAUGUUAUUGAUAUCUUUAAUGAUAGGUUGUAGUAUUUUUUAUUAUGGAUACAAAAAUUAAUGA